AAGAUCCGCCGAGCGGGUGUGGUGUCCAGUGGGUGGCGUUCGAAACAAAAAAAGGUACCUGCAUGGGGUGCGCUACCGGCAACGGCCCCUCCCACCCAAUCGACUCUAGACGAACCGGCAGCUGGGAAACAUAAAAGUCAUCCAACUCCCCCUCAACACCUCAUCUCUGUUUCUUGACGAUCACGGCACUCCCUUACACGUCUUUCCUCUCUCUCUCUCUCUCUUCGACCUUAAGUCACCCACCCCGUCAAGGGAUUUCAAAAACACCCUUCUCUGCAUUCCAGUCCUGCUCGGCUCUUCAGCCAUUGUCUCAGCGUAUUCCUAGCCCGGUGCUUGACUACGACCUGCCUGACCUUUCGUCUUGACUCAGACGAGCCAUUCACCCACCAACCUGAUUAGCCACUCGACGGAACGGCACGACCUUAUUCAUUCCUUCCUAUUGUUCACUUGCGUCAAUAGCAUAGAGCAGUGCUCAUCUAUCGACCCGGCAACAAGCAAACAAACUCUCUCUCUCAAAAACCACUCGACAACAACUAGACUUCGACUUUACGGUCCACCACACUCCCUCAACAACGAGAAAGGAAAGAACAACUAGAUCUACCAUCAAUCACCAUGAUGUACAACACCUUCACCACCGGUCUCGUGGCUACCCUGCUUGCAGGUGCUCAGAUCGCCUCCGCCCACAUCGAAAUGUCCUAUCCUCCCCCCUUCAGGUCCAAGUUCAACCCCAACGCCGACCCCGGCAAGAUCGACUACUCCAUGACGGCUCCCCUCAAGGAUACCGGCGCCGACUAUCCUUGCAAGGGCUACCAGGUCGACUUUGGCACUCCUUCCGGCAAGAGCACCGCUACCUUUGUCCCUGGCCAGACCUACAACAUGACCACUGCCGGCACUGCCACCCACGGCGGCGGUUCUUGCCAGCUCUCUCUCAGCUACGACAAGGGCGCUACCUUCACCGUCAUCGAGUCCUACAUUGGUGACUGCCCUCUUGCUGGCAAGUACGACUUCACCAUCCCUGCCGAUGCUCAGUCCGGCGACGCCAUCUUUGCUUGGACCUGGCACAACAGAAUCGGCAACCGCGAGAUGUACAUGAACUGUGCCCCCGUCACCAUCGCUGCUAACAACAAGCGUGACGUUGCUGGUGCCGCCUUCUCCACUCGCCCUCAGAUCUUUGUCGCCAAUGUCGGUAACGGCUGCAAGACCGACGAGAACUUUGACGUCCAGUACCCCCAGCCCGGCCCUAAUGUUGUGAAGGCUUCGGAUGCUCCCGUCAAGGGCCCUGAGGGCAGCUGCGGUGCCUCUGCUGCUCCUGCCGGUGGCUCUGACUCCGGCUCCGGCUCCGGCUCCGGCUCCGGCUCUGGCUCUGGCUCUGGCUCUGGCUCUGGUGCCUCCAGCUCCAGCUCUGUCGCUGCUGCUCCCGUCACCACCAGUGCUGCCGCUCAGACCAGCGCUGCUGCUGGCGGUAACCCCGGCGGUAUCUUCAUCACUGCUCCCUCCGACGGUUCCAACCAGGGCGGCAUCUUCCUCCCCUCUGCCACCGACAUUGUCAACGCCCCUAGCUCCAGCGCCGCCGCUGUCGUGAGCUCCGCCUCUGUCUCCGUUCCCGCUGUCGCCACCUCUGCUCCUGCCGUCGCUACCACCCAGGCUCCCGUUCAGACCACCCUCCAGAGCAUCGCCAAGCCCAGCACCACCGUCGUCAGUGCUCCCGCUCCUAUUGCGACCGGCACCGCUCCCGGCAAUGGCACUGGCUCUGGUUCUGGCUCCGGCUCUACUGCUGGCGCCUACGCUGUUGGCACCGCCUGCACCACCGAGGGCGCCUGGAACUGCAUCGGCGGCUCCUCCUUCCAGCGCUGCGCCAGCGGCGCCUGGUCCGCCGUCACGCAGAUGGCUGCCGGCACUAGCUGCUCCGCCGGCGAGAGCGCCCAGCUCAAGAUGAUCGCCAAGAAGCACCUUGGUCGUUACCAGAGGCGUCAUGGGUAUGCUCACCUCUCCAACUAAGAAGUCAACAUUGUAAAGGAGGGGACAGCACAGCGUCAUAUGAUACCCCGCAUGUAAAGCACCUAUCUUCCGUUUGUUUUGUCUUUUUACCUUGAAACAUUCAGGCUUUGGUCAGCUAGCUGGCUUUUUUUUUUCACUUUUGCCGAUCUUUGAUCGAUUUCAAACUUCACUUCGCACAUUCUUUUUUCGCCGCAAGUUUAUAUAACCCGUGCUACACCUGGCAAGUUGUACUUGGAUAGGUCGUACACUUUUUUCAAAUCCCAACUUCUUUCUGAAUAUUUCAAGAUCCAAAGACAUCGAACGAACAAACAAACAAACAAACAACGGAGAUUUGGGGCGUGUGUGCUGAGAGGAGGCAGUAGGUUGACUAGAGACAAGCAAAGACAGCAUUUCAUGACAAGGCGUUUUUCAAAUUUUCACGUUAUGAUGACAAAAGUGGGAGGCACAGCUGGCUUGUUGAUGACCAUACAAGGAAUACCAUGGGAGGAAGAAGGAACUCGGAUAGGAAUUUGGCUGGGCGGGACAAAUGGAUUCACUCGUUUCGCUGUACAUAGACUAGGAUUGGUAACAGAAAAAAACAUGCAAUUACUGCAUUCGUUCAUCUUACAAGAACCAAACUCUGUGCUGCUCCUCAUUGGUGAAUUUCAAGAAAUGAG